UUUAGAAAGUCGGGAGGAUUCAUCGAUCUCUCCGUCUAGCGAAUCGGCGAAUAACGAAGAGAGAAUGAGUUCUGCAAACUGGAAGCACACUCUUCUCUACUCAACACUAAUUAUCUCUCUUCUCUACAUCGUCGAGACCCUAAUCUCGCACAAAUUGCACAUCAACCACAACAAAAUCCGCCUGAAAAGGUCUCCGAAUCUUCCUCUACGCUUCCGCGAUGAUGGCACUUUCAAGAUCCUCCAGGUCGCGGAUAUGCAUUACGGAAUGGGGAGUAUUACUCGAUGCAGAGAUGUGUUGGAUGCAGAGUUCGAGUACUGUUCUGAUCUCAAUACCACACGGUUCCUUCGAAGGAUGAUUGAAGCUGAGAGACCCGAUUUGAUCGCCUUUACUGGGGAUACUAUAUUUGGAUCAAGCACUACUGAUGCAGCGGAAUCUCUUCUUCAAGCCAUUGGUCCAGCCAUUGAAUAUGGAAUCCCAUGGGCUGCCAUUUUAGGAAAUCAUGACCAGGAAUCCACUAUGAACCGUGAAGAACUGAUGACUUUCCUCUCUCUUAUGGAUUUUUCUGUCUCUCAGAUCAAUCCACCUGUCGAAGAUGACUCGGAUCAAGCUGAAAGAGGCGCAUUGAGAUCUAUUGAUGGAUUUGGGAAUUACCGCCUCAGAGUACACGGUGCACCUGGUUCGGUGCUGUCAAAUAACACUAUCUUUGACCUCUUUUUUCUAGAUAGUGGAGAUAGAGAAACAGUCCAAGGUAGACGAACAUAUGGAUGGAUCAAGGAAUCUCAACUUCGUUGGCUUCAAGAUACUUCCAAACAGGGUCAUAACCAAAACGUAGUAAACUUUACCGGUGAUCCUCCUUCAGCGCUAGCCUUUUUCCACAUUCCAAUUCCGGAAGUUCGUGAUCUGUGGUACACACCCUUUAUUGGUCAGUUUCAGGAGGGUGUAGCAUGCUCCAUCGUUCAAUCAGGAGUCUUAAAGACCUUUGUGUCCAUGGGAAAUGUAAAAGCCGCGUUCAUAGGACACGACCAUGUCAACGAUUUCUGUGGAAAUCUAAAAGGGGUAUGGUUUUGUUACGGUGGAGGAUUUGGAUACCAUGCUUAUGGAAGACCAUAUUGGCAUAGAAGAGCAAGAGUGAUAGAGGCUAAGCUCGGGAAAGGAAGAGACACAUGGACAGGAGUUGAACGUAUCAAGACGUGGAAACGUCUAGAUGAUGAAGACUUGAGCAAGAUAGACGAACAAGUCUUAUGGGAAGCUUCCUACACAUUUCCGAAGUGACCAAGGGACAAGGCAAGUAAGUUAUAUAUUUCUUUCUUCAUGAUUGCCCAUCUUUUGAUGUUUUGUGUGAGAAAAUUCUGAGUCUCUGCGUUUAGGCUUGGAUUAUAUGUAAACAUAACGACAUGCAUUGCACUUGAUACAUUUGGGUCUGUUAUUCUUAAAAACGUUUUUCAGAUGGUCACAAAAUUCGGUCCCUAGGGCCUAGGCCUAGGGACAUCAUCUUUCGUUAGGACCAUUUCUGACGAAACAUAUGUGAAUGAAACACCCUUUCG